AUGACAGAUUGGUUCACCUCUGAUCUAAUCAAGGUAAUAUCGGUGGUGUGUUUAGGUUUUUAUCUAUUCCGGUAUAUAGCGCUAGACGCUAUCAGUAAAUCUAUAGAAUUUAAGGGAAUCAUCUAUGCUGGUUUUGUACUAUACUCGUUGUUAAUAGCAGUCUCAUUGAUCCUGCUUCCUGGAGUUUACAUGGACAAGAGGUAUUUGAUGUUACCAUGGAUCUAUGUACUAGUUGUUACUGUUUUAUAUGAAACUGGAGCCGUUGCUCUUCUUACCACUGUACAUCUAGAGUAUGAAAAGAAGUUACAAUCUUGGGAAAUAAUAUCUGUAUGUUUUUACAUGUUACGUCUUGUAGCUAACUGUUAUUGUUUUGCCUGUGUUGUUUCUCAAUACCAAGAAUUAACAGAGGGAAGAGGAACUUAUGAAUUUCUGUACAAACCAUCAUCAAGUUCUCCUUCAGACGUAGAAGUCUAUACUCCUCCAUUCGGUGCUAACUUACCGCCAUAUUCAAUCGAGGACCAACAUAAAGAAUUUAGUCCGCCUCCUUAUGACAAUUUAUCGUUUGAAACCGAGUCUGAUGACGUAUUUAGAACAGCGACAUCUGCUUGUAUCCAUGGAGAAUGUCGGCAUGACCUGCUUAAUGAUAUUUCAGAGUGUUGUGCGCCGGAUGUAACGUCUCGUGUUGAUAGAUACGAUCCUGAAUACGGAGUGUUACAAGACGCUAUGUCCGGUUCGGUUUUGACUCAUCCCGUACCGGAGUACCGUCUACCCGGUAUUGAUUAUCAAAUGACGACACAUUUAACUUGGUUAUAG